AAACCAAUCUUUUGUGUACAACCCUUUAAUCCUUUUCUUUGUUCAUCAUCUGCAGGCAUAAAAAUUCCUCUUGGAUAUCAUCGAAAUGGAAGUCAAUUGUACGGAAACACCGUUGCUUUCGUCAAACGAUCAUGAGGCUAAUGAUCACAAACCGAAGUCAACCGGUUUGGUUUCUACAAUGAAAUCAAAUUUUUUCACGGAUUUGCCUCAAAAACUUCGAUCCAAAACCGAUCCCGAGAACCCUUUUCACCUUGAUGUCUCCAAAGCCGUAGGCCUCAAAAGAGAUGAAAAGGAGUACUAUGAACGGCAACUGGCAACACUAAAAUCAUUUGAGGAAGUAGAAAGUUUCUUAGCUCGAUCAGAUGAGUAUGUCAUCGAUGAAAAAAGUGAAGAAGAAGAUCGAGCUGAGAGAGCUGCACAAGAAAUAGCCAUGCAAAUCUCCAAUUGGGCUAACAUCUUUUUACUUGCUCUCAAGAUAUAUGCUACGAUAAAGAGUGGAUCGAUAGCCAUUGCAGCAUCUACACUUGACUCUUUGCUUGACCUAAUGGCGGGAGGAAUACUUUGGUUCACACAUUUGUCAAUGAAGAACAUAAAUAUCUACAAAUAUCCCAUUGGAAAGCUUAGGGUACAACCCGUUGGAAUCAUCAUUUUCGCCGCCGUUAUGGCCACUCUUGGGUUCCAAGUGCUGCUUGUGGCAGCUGAACAGUUGAUUACAAAUGAACCUUCAGAGAAAAUGAGUCAUGACCAAUUGGUUUGGUUAUAUUCAAUCAUGCUAAGCGCAACAGCUAUUAAACUCGUCUUAUGGAUCUACUGCAAAAGCUCGAGAAAUCAUAUCGUCCGCGCAUAUGCAAAGGAUCAUCAUUUCGAUGUGGUGACAAACGUUCUUGGAUUAAUUGCGGCUGUCCUUGGGAAUGCUUUCUAUUGGUGGAUCGAUCCGGCUGGUGCUAUUCUCUUAGCCAUCUACACUAUUGUCAAUUGGUCCGGGACCGUUAUGGAAAAUGCAGUUUCAUUGAUCGGACAGUCAGCUCCUCCAGAAGUACUACAGAAACUGACAUACCUAGUAUUGCGACAAGGCGCAGAUAAGAUCAAACGUGUUGAUACUGUCCGGGCCUAUACCUUUGGUGUUCUUUAUUUUGUCGAGGUGGAUAUAGAACUCCCAGAGGAUUUGCCAUUGAAAGAAGCUCAUGCAAUUGGUGAGUCAUUGCAAAUAAAGCUUGAAGAACUUCCAGAAGUGGAAAGGGCUUUUGUUCAUCUGGAUUUCGAGUGCCAUCACAAGCCUGAACACUCUGUUCUUUCUACAAUCCCAAACGAUUUAUGAGGAUUAUAUGCAUAUAUAACUAUAUAUAUAUAUAUGUGUUUCUGCUUUUUUUGUUCCUUUUGUUUAUUUAAUG